AUGGAGUCCUUCACUUUGGUUGAAAAGAGAUUAGAGGUGAUGUUAUCAUCACCAAAAACUGAAGACACCAUUAUCAGAAAAGCUUUAUUUCUUAAACCCAUUGUGCCUCUAGACACAAAGGAACCUCUUUCUCAUCUCCCUAGCUAUUCUUUUCCCUCCCUCCCUCUCAAUUUUGAGCCAAAAGAAUGGUCUUUGAAGGUCUCAUUCCCAUGUUGGUUAACAAGGAUUCAUGAUGAAGCCUGGAAUUCAUGGGUUGAUGACAUGGCUUCAAAACAUCAGGAUUUAUGGAAGAGUGCUGGCCUAUUUGAGCCAAUUUUGUGUUCGAAAUACCAUAUAAAUCAAGACAAAAGACUGGUCUAUGGCUUGGCUGAAAAGUGGUGCUGUGAUACCAAUACUUUUAUUUUUCAAUGGGGGGAAGCCACCCUCACAUUAGAGGAUGUAAUGGUUUUGGGAGGUUUCCCAGUUCUUGGGGACUCUAUUGUUGCAUACUCUUUGAAUUCUGAAGAGAUUCAUAUUGAAGAGUAUCUAGACAACGCUAGAAAGCAGUUCAAUAAAACUAAAUCUAAGAAGCCUACCACAAGCCUUUGGAUGCAGAGAUUUAUGAAAAACCAAUCCGAGUACGAGCAUCAAGCGUUUAUCGCUUAUUGGUUAUCAAGGUACGUCUUCCAAAGUUAUGUUAUUGAAAAACGAGCUAUAACCCUUGCAAUUCAAUUGGCUACGGGUAGACGAGUUGAUCUUGCAUCAGCUGUUCUUUCCAAUAUUUAUCGAGAUUUGACAUUAUUAAAGCUCAAAAUUUUACAUCCGUCAAGUGAAAAAGUCAUUAUCAAGUCUCCAUUUCAUCUCGUUCAACUUUGGGCAUGGGAAAGAUUCCCGAAACUUAGUCCAGAGCCGAGAGUUAUUAGUCCUACUACACCAAGAUUGGCUCGUUGGUUCCAAAUUAAGGGUGUCAAAAUUAAUAAUUGGAGGAGAGCUUUAGAUUCAGUAAUUGAAGCUGAUUUCAAGUGGCGCCCUUAUGCUAGGAUACAUCAGGACGAUGAGAAAAUAGUUAUGGUUGGCUCCGACCUUGGCAAUGAUGACACUUUCAUAUUCGCAAUAUGUUUGGCAUCACGUAAACAUAAGUUGAUUGGGUUCGAUUCGGAAGAAAUAUACCGACCACAUCAUGUGGCUAAGCAAUUCGGUUAUGAUCAAGACCUUCCGUGCUGCACUACUUUACUGAGUGUAUCUGAUCUUCCUGAUGUCUAUUAUGCAAAUCUGAGACUUGAUAUUCCGGCUGGGAAUUUAGAUGUGGGUGUUAGCCUUAGAUACUCUAACUGGUGGAAAUUUUCAAUUUUGGGCAAUAGUUCCCCAUUUCCUCCGGGGUUUCCACCAAAAUGA